AUGCACUGCCUGCCACAAUUGAUACUGGCGGUGGCGCUAUGCGCUCUGCUAUCGCCGCCAGAGGCGUUCGGUGAACGUCAUGGCGCCAACUAUCGCUUGGGUCUGCGUUCUGCGGGACGCGGCGAUCAGGUUGUGGCUGAGGGCCGAUUCACCUCGUCCAUGUUGAACAAGCUGAACAAUCUGAAGGGCAGCUCAACUACAACCACCGAGCCGUACACCACCAUUACCACAGGGCCAACCUCGCCAACCACCCCCACGAACCUUUUGACGUCGCCCCCAACGCCCACUUCGCCCACUUCGCCCACAUCACCGACGACAACACUAGUGCCCGCGUCGCCCGGUGCCGUCGAAAAGCCAGCAGCUGGCGCUGCUGUAGCUGUCGCCGAUGGCUAUGUGCGUCGCCCCUCGGAGCAGCAGUGGCGCCAAUACCAGCUGGAACAGCGCAAUCGCCGACGCCUGAAUCGCCUGCAGCGUGAGCACAAUCAGCGCAUUCGCGAGCUGGUGCGUCGCCAGCGCAUAUCGCAGCGCCGCAAUAACCAGCGCCUGCGGCGCAUCCAGCAGCAGAAUCGUCGUCGCGCCGCCAACCGCAAUCGUCGCAACAGGAACAGGUCCAAGAACCAGCGUCAGCGUCGCCGUCGCAACAAUCUGGAGCAAAGACGUCGCCUCCAGGCGCAGCGUCAGCGUCGUCGCCAGCGUUUCAACCGUCGUCGCCUGCAGCAGCUGCUCCGCCGUCGUCGUGGACGCGGUCGCAGCCUGAGACGCAUUGCUGCCUAG